AUGUCGGCCAUCACCGUUGAGGCGCACAGGAAGCGCUUCAGCGUCAAGGCCGCGCCCAUGCAGCCGCUGUCGGCGGUAGUGGCCGAGGUGCUCGGCCAGCUCAAGCUGCCAGAUGUGCGCCCCGAGGAGUGCCGCCUGGUGCUCAAGGGCAAGGCGCUCGACCUGUCCACGCCCGUGCGCUUUGCCAACAUCGGACGCGACAAGCUGGAGCUGCACACGGGGCGCGAGCAAGUGCUGGGGGUGCAGGAGGCGCCACAGCCCGUGGCUGCAGUGGCUCCUGCCGCACAGCAGCCACCUGCGGCAGCAGCAGCCCAACCCAUUGCGCCCUCGGCAUCAGCAGCGGCGGCAAGCCAGGCGCCUCCAGCGGCAGCCCCAGCCGCAGCAGCGCCAGCAGCGAUGGAAGAGCCCAGCAGCAGCAGCGCCGCCGCCGCCGCCGCCGCCUUGCACCCUUCAGUUGAAGUGUUUGGCCAGCGGGUGUGGGUGUUCACUCGCGCCGCCGAGCAGCAGGCGGAGAGCAGCGCGGCAGGAGCUGGGCCUCAGGACGUGGAUGACGCCUUCUUCGAGUUCACAGAGAUGGACUUGCGGCGAGUGAUGGCCAGCCAGGUGUCGCAGCGUGCCAAGCAGGAGGGCGGCCACCUGAUGACGGCGGCGAUGCGGGAGAAGGAGGAGCGGCGGCGCGCCGAGAGCCACGGCGCUGUGCCCAUCCGACUACUGCUGCCGGACGGCCAGCACUGCCUGCAGACCGCGCUGCCCGCCACCGCGCCGCUGCGGUCGGUGCUGGCGCUGGCGCGGGCGGCGAUGACCGAGGAGGCUGCGGCUGCGGCCUACCUCUUCACCACCCCGCCCAGGACCGUGCUCAAGGAUCUGUCGGCGAGCCUGUAUGCUGCAAAGAUGGUGCCCGCAGCCAAGGUGCACGUGGGCAUUGAUGUCAGCAAGGUGCCAGCUGGCGGCCAGCUCAUCAAGCCCGAGGUGCUGGCGCUGGUGGAGCAGCCGCCGGAGCGUGCCGCAGUCAUGCACGCCAACAAGCCUGCCCAGCAGCAGGCGGCGGCGGGAGCCGCAUCCAGAAGCGGGCUGGCGGCAGCGAGCGGGGCGGCUGCCACGCCGGCCAGGGCAGGUGGCACCGGGGCCAAGGGAGUCCCUAAAUGGCUCAAGAUUGGCAAGUGA